UUGUGCUUUAACUUUUCUUGAUCUUUGGAAAACCACGUGUGUUCGGGUCUUUUACACGAACUUUUUUGAGCAACUUAUCAAGUCAAAGAAAAGCAGCUGUUCAGAAUGAGUACUACGGUUCCCAGUCGGUUGUUCUCGUAUAUUUACGGGUUUCUGACGGAGAAUAAGUUGAAGAAAACGGCCAAAGCGCUUCAGCAGGAGACUGGAUCGCCCAUUGAUGCACCGAAAAAUGAAGAUGCUAACUUGAUGCAAAUUCUGAAAACGUAUGACUUGGUCUCUCCGACGAAAGGAGGCAAGCGCAAAGCCAAAUCCAGCGAAUCCUUAGAGGAAUCAGCCACCAAGAAACAGAAGACCACACCGACAAAGGUCACACCGACAAAGAAGACUCCGUCGAAAAACACACCGGCCAAGACCACUAAAACACCAGCAAAGUCGCCCAAAGGUCCACCAGCCAAAAAGCUUAAGAAACAGGUCUCUAGCUCUGAGGACGAUUCCAGCUCGGACUCUGAAGAAGAGAAGACGGCCAAGAACCCAGCCCCCAAAACACCCGCCAAAACACCCGCCAAAACACCCCCAGCAAAAUCUCCCCCAAGCUCUGAUUCUGAUUCAAGUUCCGACUCUGACUCUGAAAGUGAAGCGGAAACUAAGAAGCCAGUCACACCUAAACCAAAACCCCAAAAGACUCCAGUGAAGGGUAAACCCAAAGCCGAUUCAUCUAGUUCUGAUGGUUCGAGUUCAGAGAGUGAGGCGGAAGUCGCAGCAAAAAAGCCGACGGUGGUUGCAAAACCAAAAACACCAGCAAAGAAACAGAUUAGUAAAGAGGAGUCCUCCAGUUCAGACUCUAGUUCAGAUUCCGACAGCGACGAUGAAUCAUCCAAGAAGCCAGUUGUAACAAAACAAGUGAAGAAAACUCCGCAGCCAGCAAAGAAAGUACCUGCGAAGAAAACGGCCGAUGCCUCUUCAAGCUCUGAAGACUCUAGUGAUGAUGAAGAAGACACAACCACAAAGAAACCGCCUGUCAAAGCGACGAUGAAGCCAGCAGCCAAAGUGAAAGAGGCGUCCUCCAGUUCAGAUGAUUCCAGCUCAGAUUCUGAAGAUGAGAAAACCAAAAAACCUGCCUCAGCUAAAUCUACCCCAGUAGCAAAACCAACCCCUAAAGCUCAGACUAAAAAACAAGCCGCAAAAAAAGAUUCAAGCUCGGACGAUUCAAGCUCAGAUGAUUCUAGCUCAGAUUCCGAAGAUGAGAAAACCAAAAAACCUGCCUCAGCUAAAUCUACCCCAGUAGCAAAACCAGCCCCUAAAGCUCAGACUAAAAAACAAGCCGCAAAAAAAGAUUCAAGCUCAGACGACUCAAGCUCAGAUGAUUCUAGCUCAGAUUCCGAAGAUGAGAAAGCAAAAAAAACUGCCUCAGCUAAAUCUACCCCAGUAGCAAAACCAGCCCCUAAAGCUCAGACUAAAAAACAAGCCGCAAAAAAAGAUUCAAGCUCGGACGAUUCAAGCUCAGAUGAUUCUAGCUCAGAUUCCGAAGAUGAGAAAGCAAAAAAACCUGCCCCAGCUAAGUCUACCCCAGCUAAACCAACCCCCAAAGCAUCCGUUCAAAAACCAAAACAAGCCACAAAGAAAGAUUCAAGCUCUGAAGAUUCAAGCUCAGAUGAUUCAAGCUCGGAGUCUGAAGACGAUAAGGCAAAAAAACCUACUCCAGCGAAGUCAACCCCAGCUAAACCAGCCUCCAAAACACCCACUCCGAAAGCAAAACAAGCCGCAAAGAAAGAUUCAAGCUCGGAAGAUUCAAGCUCAGAGUCUGAAGACGAUAAGGCAAAGAAACCAACUCCAGCGAAGUCAACCCCAGCUAAACCAGCCUCCAAAACACCCACUCCGAAAGCAAAACAAGCCCCCAAAAAAGAUUCAAGCUCAGAUGAUUCAAGCUCAGAGUCUGAAGAUGAAAAAGCAAAGAAACCAACUCCAGCAAAGUCAACCCCAGCCUCAAAAACGCCCACUCCGAAACCAAAACAAGCCACAAAGAAAGAUUCAAGCUCAGAAGAUUCAAGCUCGGACAGUUCUAGCUCGGAGUCUGAAGAUGAAAAAGUAAAGAAACCUACUCCAGCAAAGUCGACCCCAGCUAAACCAGCUUCAAAAACACCCACUCCGAAAAAAACCACGAAGAAAGACUCAUCAAGUUCAGACGAUUCAAGUUCAGAAGAUUCCAGCUCCGAAUCAGAGGAUGAGAAAACAAAGAAACCAACCCCAGCCAAAUCAACCCCAAAAGCACUCCCUCCAAAACAAAAAGCUGCAAAGAAAGAUUCAAGUUCAGACGAUUCGAGUUCGGAAUCAGAUUCUGCUGAAGAUGCUAAGAAACCCUCACAGCCUGUAAAGAAAACAACGCAGAAGAAGGUUCCAGCAGCUAAACCCACUAAGAAAGACGCCAGCUCGAGUUCCGAAGAUGACAGCGAUAGCUCAAGUUCUGACGAUGACGACAAAAAGACCAAAGCCCCCCCUGCGAAAACAGUCACAAAAGCUACCUUGCAAUCAAAAUCGGCAAAGGCCAAGAAAGAUUCAUCCAGCUCAGAAGAUUCCAGCUCGGAGAGUGAAGCUGAAACCAAGAAAAAGCCUGCUGCCGUUAAACCUACUCAAAACUCCAAAACCAAGAAACCAGUGAAAGCGGAAAGCUCCAGCAGCGACAGUAGCUCGGAUGACUCAAGCGAUGAAAGCGAUGCGGAGAAGAAACCUGCCCCCAAAAAGCAGACCCCUAAAACUUCUAAGACCAAAGCAGAGUCCUCAAGCUCUGACGAUUCCAGCUCGUCCGAGAGUGAAGCGGAGGCAAAGAAAACAGUCAAGACAAGAAAGAUAACACCCGCGCAGACCCCCACAAAAGGCCUGAAUGGUAAGAUUGCGAAGACAAAUGGUAAAGACAGCGACAGCAGCUCAGAUGAGUCAAGCUCCGACAGCGACGGAGAGAAAGUGGGGAUGAAGAAAGUUUUAACAAAGAAGAAGUCCAAGUCAGCUUCAUCAUCAUCAUCAUCUUCAAGUGAUGACAGUAGCGACGAUGAAGACAGUAAACCGGCCAACAAGACUCUCCCGAAUCCUUCCCCAGUCACUCCAUCUCAACCAAAGAUGAAACAAACCCCUGCAACUGUACCACGAGUAAACAGGCCCGCCCCCUUCAGGAGGGUAAAAGAAGAGGAUCAUGUGAUCGACCCAAGACUUCAAGAUAACUCCUUUGAUGCAAAGAGAGGCUCGUACGGAUCGUGGGGCGACAGAGCCAACAAAGAUCUCAGGGUUGUGCGAGGGAAAGCGUUCCGCCACGAGAAAACUAAAAAGAAGCGAGGCAGCUACCGCGGGGGGCAGAUUUCGCAGAAUGUCAACUCCAUCAAAUUUGACAGCGACUAGAAAUAAAAAGUAGGAUUUAUCCAAAUGUUGUUUUAACCCGUAUUAUCUGUCGUUAGUGUAGGAUGUAAUGAGCCUGUAUGCUUUGUUUGUGAAAGGGCACGGGCAUCAAGACUUUUUCUCCUUGGUAAAGGGCACCCUAUGA